GAAGGAACUUAUUCCUUAACAGCAGGGUCAGGGGUAUGAUUUCCUUAAACUGUUCUCUUUACCACCACCACCCCUUUCCUCCUGACUCUCUCAAGACAUGGAAGAUUGUGGCAUGGUUGCUGCAGAUUGUGUGGUCAUUUCAUGUUGCUGUCAAUGCUUGAUCCUGCAAAUCACCAUCUUCAUCUUGUUCAAGCUUCCGUGCAAGCUGAUAAAAAAGACAAGAGACUACACCAUGAAGAAACUUCAGCAAAGAAAGAGGAAAGAGAUUAUAGUGGAAAGUCAAGGGGAAAUAGUACUAGAUCCAUUCAAGGAUGACUUUGUAAGUAUUCUUGGAGAGUCCAUAAGGUCCAUAGAGGCAGGCCAUAGUUGCAAAUGUUGCAUGGAGGAGGUGGACAAGGUGCUGCAGGAGUUAUCUCAGAGAGGAGAGUUUGGAUUUGGAAGCUUUUGGGGUAGAAGAGAAAUGGGUUGUUCCCCAAUUCAUCAUUCAGCAGAGGAUGAUCAAUUUGACAGUAGAUUUGUGCAGUUUCAAUUGAUUGAAAUGGUUGGCUCUGUCAGUUAUUGAUCAUAAGUUAACCUAGCUAAGCUAGCUAGCUGUUGAAAUGGGUUGUUUAGAUCUUUGUCAAAUAGCCAUGGAUGGAUCAACUAUUCAUUUAGUUAUGGUUACAGUUUCUGCAAUACAUCAAAUAGCCAUGGAUGGAUAUGAAACAUAUUCAAGAAGGUGCAGGUUGUCAAUUUCAGUACGUAAGUUCAAUCCUUUUAUUAUAUAUCAAAGACUUGGACGCUUAUAACUUAUCUCACAUAUAGAAUAUCUUUGACAGAAGCAUGUCUAGUAAAUGUCAAAUAAUUAUUUUGUCCAUUCACUUUGAAAUGUCACGCCUACGAGACCA